AUGGCAUCCCAGAAGGGUACUGAUAAAGUGUUAGAAAAACUUAAAGAGUCGGUUGAAAAUGGAAAUUAUUAUGAGGCACAUCAAAUGUACCGCACCGUCUGUAGAAGAUAUAUCAAGCAAAAGAAAUUUAGCCGUGCCAUAGAUCUUCUGUUUUCUGGAGCUCAAACCUUGCUUAAACAUAAGCAAACUGGUAGUGGUGUAGAUUUAUCAUUGUAUUUAAUUGACGCAUACAAUGAUGAGGAAAUGGCCGUUAAUGAUGAAUCUCGAGCUCGGAUCAUUCAACUACUGUUACUUUUCCCAUCGGAUGAACCUGGUCGAAAAAGGUUUAUUGAUUCAGCGGUCAGCUGGUCUGUUAAAUUUGGUGAAAAUCCUGCUGGUGAUCCAGAACUACACCAUUCAAUCGCUGAGUUAUUACAUAAGGACAAGAUGUAUUCUGAAGCUGAGCCUCAUUUUCUCGCGGGGACAACAGAAAGCAGUAAAGCAUAUGGGAAAAUGUUAUUAGAAUGGUCAGAACAAGAUCAUCCUUCUAAAAAAGGAGCCUAUAUCUCUCGCGCAGUAUUGCAAUAUCUUUGUCUGCGGAGCAUUCGUGAUGCGAAGUUUGCAUUUGAUUCUUUUGUCAUGGAUUUGAGUGAGAAAAAUCCGGAAAUAAAGUCUGGAGCUGCACAAUACAAUCCGACUAUAACUGGAGAUGCCGUUGAUGUAACGAUUUAUUCGAUACCUUUACUGAAUUUUUUACAAUUAUUGAUUCUUACUGUACAAAGGGAAGCAAGCGAUUUAUUUGGCGAUUUACGAAACAGAUAUAAAAGUGCCUUGUCUGUUGAGCCUUCUUUCGAAGAACUUUUAAAUAAGAUUGGAGAGGUAUUUUUCAACAUACGUGUACAACGACCACAACAAUUCAAUAUCUUUCAAGAUCUUGUAAACAGCUUAUUCACUUCAGGACCCGGAACAUCAUCACCUGGUAGUACCUCAUAUACUAGAGCUAAUUCUCAAAGCGAGUUGGAUUAG